UCACAAUGAUUUGUCAAAAUAAAUGAAAACAUAACUUUAGAUGUUUUACAAUCUGCAAAACUAAUGUUUUGGACAAUUUUUAAGUACGUUUUCUGAAUAAACUAAUUCAACCCAACAACAAUCGCAAUGUUUUCGAUUAUCGACGCUGCAGCUUGUCGAAUAUGUUUCGAUACAGCCGUUUCUGUUAAAUCUCUUGCCGAUAUAGUGGAUGGCAAUUCGCUGGCCGAUAUGUUGCGACACUGUGUCAAUCUGGAGAUUAAUCAGAACGAUGGACUGCCGUACCAUUGCUGCUCCAAAUGUAAAGAGGAUUUGAUAGUCGCAUAUCGCUUGGUAACUCGGUGCCAUGAAUCCGACACCAAGUUUCGUGAAAUGUUGGAAACGAAAUUUAAACAAAGAUCUCCAACAGACAAUGAUUUGAAACCUCCUUUAACAGAGGACGACAUAAAGAUUGAACAUGACAUUGAUGAAGAGCAAAUAUAUGCGGAACCGUUGCUUCCGAAUUUCGACCUGGAUACCAAUUCAUGUGUUAAAGAGGAAGACAAAGAUCAUUUACGCAAAAAAGUAAAGGAUAAAUCAGAUUCUAGCGAUGAUGAAAUAGAGGACGAUGAUGAUGGGAAAGGAGACGAUGGUUCAAAUUAUGAAAUGCAGUCCGAUGAAAAUGACAGUGAUGAUGAUCUUCCGCUUAUAAGAAAGAAUAAUACUUCGGAACGAUGUUGUCGAUGUAGGAUUAAACUAAGUACAAAGGAAGCUGUCAUUGAACAUUUACAGGCUAUUCACUUGAUUAAACGGUGUACAGAUUCAGAUAAAAUAAAGGCCAAGCCGUUCGAAUGUGAUCUGUGCUUCAAACGAUACAGCACCAAAAGAGCUUUGCGAAAACACAAGCUGGUUCUCCUGGUAAAGAAUAAAUUCCAGUGCGAUCAAUGCGAACUGAGCUUUAGGCUGGAGAAGACUUUGCAGCGACACAAAGAAGGCCAUAGAAAUAUAGUUCAACCAUACAGUCAACGCAAGGAUCAGCUACCCCGAUGCUGCGCUUGUUUUGAACAGUUUGACACAGAUGAGCUUCUGAAGAAACAUGCCGAUGAAUCUCAUCCACCGGAUGAAGCAGCAGCUGAAGAUCCGAACAAACCAUUCCCAUGCGGUUUAUGUAACCGACGUUACAAGAACAUGCGCAUAUUGAAGGAACAUCAGAGUAAACCGUACCGUACCGUACAAUACCAGUGUGCAACCUGCGGGCGAACGUUCAAAGAAAAGUGUGCCCUAGCUGACCACGAAAGGUCCCAUGGAGAGGAGCGAUCGUUCAUAUGCCCGGUAUGUUCAAAACCUUUUGCGAUGAGAGAUUCUUUCCGAAAGCAUGUUAAAGCACAUUCUUUGGCCGAGGAUCGGUUCAAAUGUGAAUUUUGCGGUAAAGGAUUUAAGGCCAAAGCCAAUCUGAAAUGUCACCUCAUUACGCACAAUCCUCAACAUCGUCCGAUACAGUGUACGCUCUGUCCAGCAACGUUCGCCAGAAAGGUAUGUCUGCAGGCUCAUAUGAAAUUGCACACCGGCGAAAAAGCACACAAAUGUGAUCAGUGUGGUGCAACUUACACUUUCGCUACGGACUUGAGGCGGCACAUCAUGGCCCACAAUGGCAUCAAACCGCAUGUUUGCACCAUCUGCGGCCGUGGAUAUCCCAGGAAGGAUUACCUUAGGAAGCAUAUGGCUAACCACGACCAGAAACGACCUGAUGGGAACAAUCUUGCAUGAUCUGCAGAUUUCGACGAUUUAUAUUAACAGUUCAAUUUGCAACCUACGUAUAGGUUUUUUUACAACUGUAUUAGUCUUAUUUAUUAUUAUUUACCCUGGCUCUUGGGAUGACAAAACAAAAGAUACAAAUAUAAACAGAACGAAAUAUU